GCUCAACAAAACAAAAUACCCGUUCAUCCCUGUUUAUCCUUAACAUAUAGAGAUGAUAUGCACGCUUCAUUUCCCCGCGCACCGAACUGGCCCGUUUGUUCCUUUAGUCCGAUCAUUGUGUCUACUACAGUGUAUAGUAUCAGAUAGCACUUGAAUAGCGCGAGGAACUGUGGGCCCCUGUCAGAGACUAGAAUGUUACAGUUCGCACGCGCCAGCGCCGCAGCGAGUGGACAUGGCUUAGGCAGUAGCUAUACUAGUGCUCCAGUAUCAGCACACACGGGGCUAACUCUGCGGCCAUGCGGCAUACCGCUGACCCAGCCUCGCGCCGCUCGGACCGCCGGGCGCCUCCAACCCUUGGCGACCGCUGGCGGUGUGGCCCGCGGCCUGGCGUGCAGCUCCGCAACCAGCGGCCCGGUGGCGGCAGUGCUCAGCGGCGGCGGCCCCUGCCUUGCCACCGCCGCACCUGCUGUCACAGGGGCUGGCGGCGGUCUGCUGCAGCUACUGCCGCUAGCCGCCUGGGCCCGUCAAGCCGCACCAGCGCCCGCCACUGCCGCACCUGCAGCAGCCGGGGCGCGCAGCUGUCUCCUGCAGCCGGGGCGGCGCGCGCAGCAUCAGGUGCUGGCGGCUGCGGGGAGGUACGGCAGUGGCGGCGCCAUUGACAGGAGCAGUGGCAUGAGCAGCAGCAGCAGCAGCAGCGGACGUGACGACAUCAGCGGCAGCCGCAGUAGCAGUGACGGUGGGGGAAGGGCAGGCAGGGGCAGGGCAGGCGGAGGCCGCUGGAACGGCGGCCGGCGUGGCAGUGGCAGGAGUAGCGGUGGCGGCGGCGGCAGGGCGCGUGACUCCGCGGAUGACAUGACCAUGUGUCGGACUCUGGAGGAGCUGCAAGCAGUCAUUGAUCAGCGGCUGGCGGUGUGGUGCGAGCGGCAAGACGUGAGCACCAUGUCAGCUGCCUUCAACCUGUGUGGCAAGCUGGAGUCGUCACACGCCGGCGGGCCCGCCACCACAGCCGCGGCCCGUGCCGGCAUCAUGGCGGCCCUUGCGCCUGCUCUCCUUCCGCUCGUGCCGCGCAUCCGCCAGCCGGCCAGCUGCAGCAUUCCGCUGUGGGCGCUGGCAAAGGCCGGGGCUGCUAGCGACGGGCGUGUGGAGUCACAGCUGGCGCCGGCGCUGCUGCAGCGGCUGGUGGACCCAGUGUUGCUGGACAGUGCCACUCCUCAGAACCUGGCAAACGCGCUGUAUGCCCUGGGCAAGCUGCGGGAGGACCAGCAGCAGCGGGGCUCGGACUGGGACCCCACCUCAUCGCCGCAUCUGAUCGCACUGGCGGGCGCAGUGGCCUCGCGGCUGCGUGCGGCGGAGGUGCGCGGCUUCACCGCCCAGGGUGUUUCCAACAGUCUGUGGGCGUGUGCCAAGCUGGGGUACGGGGACUCAGACCUUCUGCGGCCGUUGGCGGAGGCGACUGCAGCCCUUGCCCCGGACAUGAAUGCGCAAGGUCUGGUCAACAGCCUGUGGGCUCUAGAGGUCCUUGGCUGCAGCGGACGGGAGUUUCGGGCAGUGCUAGAGGCGCUGUGUGGUGCGGCUUUGCGGCAGCUCCAGACACCGAAGGAAACUGCAGCGUUCAAGCCGCAGGGCCUGUCCAACAUCCUGCUGGCGCUGGAGGGGCUGCAGCUGGGAGGCACGCAGUCUGAGCGGCUGGCGGCUGCUGUGGCUGCCGAGUGCGAUCGUCGGCUCCGAGCACGAAAGGAAGCUGAAGUAUUCAAGCCGCAGGAGCUGUCCAACAUCCUGCUGGCGCUGGAGGGGCUGCAGCUGGGAGGCAAGCAGUCUGAGCGGCUGGCGGCGGCAGUAGCAGCAGAGGGUGUGCGGCGUGGCUUUGCCGGCUUUGAACCGCAGCACCUCAGCAACACGGCGUGGGCCCUGGCCAAGAUGGGGUAUGGGGCUGGCGCAACGCCACAAGCCAUCGAGCAGCGCCCCUGGUACGCGGCCACGGUGGCAGCAGCUCAGCGGCCCGGGGUCAUGGCCGGCGCCAAGCCGCAGGAUUGGGCCAACCUGCUGUACGCGCUUGCGUUGGUGCGCCACCAGCCGCCGCCCGCGCUGCUUGACGCAGGCGCCGCGGCGGCGAUGCAGCGAGGCAAUGCACAACACUGUGCAAACACGCUCUGGGCGCAGGCGGUGCUGCAGCUGCGUCACGCCGGCUUGGAGGCGGCGGUGUGCGGCCGGCUGGGCGAGCUGCUGCGGCUAGACCCGGAGUCGCUUGUUGCACAGGCGCUUUGCAACAGCCUGUGGGCGCUGGCGGUGCUAGCAGGCGGCGGUGGCCCUGCUAGCCCGGCUGCAUCUGCUCUGGCCCCGGCGCUUGCCCGUGAGGCCGUGCGGCGGCGUGAGGGAUUUCAGACCGAGGGGCUACUUCAGCUCUGGCAGGCGCAACAGGAGUUGGGCUGCGAGGUGGCGGAGGCUCUUGCCCGCAGCCCCGACCUGCUAGCCGCGAUGGAGGUGGCGGUAGUUGCCGAACGGGCGACGGGGUCGACCACCAGCAGACUGCAGAAGCAGGUGGCAGAGGCGCUUCAACGACUGCUGCAGAAGGGUCGCCUGCCCAUCGUUUCGGUGCAGACAGAGGUGGUGGUGGAGGGCGUGCUGGGGCGUGUGGAUAUUGUGGCGGACUGGAGUGACGGCCGGAGAGUGGCCAUUGAGGUGGACGGGCCGGCUCACUUCCCCACCAACCGCAAGGACGACCCGUCCGCGGUAAUCGGGUCCACGGCCCUGCGCAACCGGCAGCUGCGGCGGGCGUUUGGGGAGGGCGGCCUGGUGUGUGUGCCGUACUGGGAGUGGUACGGUCUGAGGACGCCUACCGCUCAGGAGGCCUACCUGCUGCAGCGGCUGCAGGAUCUGCUAUCAGGCGCUUCGUCAGGAGCAGCAGCAGGAGGGGAAGGCAUUGCUGCCGCCCCUCACUGCAAGCAGCAGCGGACGACUCGGCCGCAGCCGGACACUGCCGGCAGCAGCACCACCACCGCCAGCACCACCACCAUCACCAGCACCACCGCUGCCAGCAGCGAGAAGAGGCGCAUCCUCGUUGUCCGCAGGAAGGCGCGAAAGCAGGACCUGCAGCACAACGCCACCUUCGACACACCGUCAGCCUCAGGUGCGGGUCCGGCGGAGGCGGUGGCGGAGGUUGCGACAAGUGGCGGCCUUCGGCCUGCCGCCGCGGGUGCCGACGUGGCACCUGCUCCUAGGCAGCAACAGCGACAGCGGCAGCACCAGCAGCCGACGAGGCCGGAGCCGGAAGCUGUGGCCGCUACUGUAAGCAGACGCCGCAGGCCUGCUGCAAACGAGCCGCGGCCACAGCAGCAGCAACGGCCGCCGCCGCAGAACACAAGGAAGCGAGCGGCUGCUUCGAACGCAGACGCGGCUGCGGCAGCUGCUUAGCAAGCCCCCUUGGGUGGAUUUGCAAGGGCGGCUGGCGCAGCGUUGCACCCGUGUGGGUUCAGGCUAGGGUGAUGGGGGAUGGGGGAUGGGUUUGGUCACUUUGAUGGCCCCAGCCCAGGGCGCUGUGGAAGCGACUGCGGCUGCUGCACCUUUCUGCUGCAUGCAUGCCUGCAUGGAGCAGUACCCGGGCGGCCGGGCGCCUGGGCAGGGCGUGCACGUACGAACAGCCGCAGCAUCAUUGUGGGGAAACUAUGGGCAACAACGGGUUGGAGCGCGGCAACAACCAAGUACCGGUAACAUGUUCACUUGGUCAAGGUUCCUCUUUUGGCACGCCUUUGUCGACAAGUAGUUCGGGUGAAUGGAUGAGGUGGCGUGUCUGGUAGGCAGUCCCUAUCUGGUGAUGAUUCCCUUGGAUCGGUUUCUGCCAGGUAUUGCUUGGGAUCCAGCUCGGCUGGUCACAUUGUAUCAAUAACUUCUUAUGUGCAAGCAGCUGCGGCGGUAUGAGAUCCGUCGGCAUUGAGUUGAGGGCUGGCUGGCGUUCGGUGGCAAUUCCAUGACUGGCUGGAUUGGCAAGGGGCGGCGGGCAUGGUGCAUUGAGGUGGCUUAUGGCCUAGUUAGGACAAAGAUGGGGGGAGGAGACACGUGGGUGCCAGCGUGUGUCUACCGAGUAGCACAUGUUGUUAGUGCAUGUGCGCAUGUGGGUCGGGGCCCAUGCAACGUUGUGUCUUGACACCUACUUCUUUUGUUAUGUUGCGAAAUGCGGCUGGUCAUAUACAUAUGGAGGUCGGGAAGGUGUGUAUGUAUGUGUGUUAUGGAAGGCGUGAAGUGGGCAGGAGGGGCAGGCAUGAGAUGCGGCUGUUACCCGGCGGGUCAGGGGAGAGGCGUGACCCGGGCUCAGCGUAGCGACUACGGUAACGCAAGGGCGUCAGCAGCGAGUGGAGAAGUCGGGGGCGAUGGGAAAGGGAAAGGGGAAGCCGCACGGUAGUGGCCGCAGCCUUGGAAUUGCGGCAUGCAAAUGGGCCGGUUGCGUAAUCGGCGUUGAACUUGCAAGGCGGCAUGUGACAGCUGCUCGGCCGGACAGCAGCCACUGAGCACCGGCCGCUCCCACCGAUCCAUACCGGGUUUGGUGAAGGUCGGCAGACAACUGGGGGGGGGGGCCGUUCCCCUUUGGGCCGGAGAUGGUUCCCUCCUGACCUUGGGUGCUGGGCACCCUUGCUUUGUCGGACUGUCCGUUCUUCUAAUGUCACAUUCACACCGGGUCACUGCCGGAAAUAAAGAAAGCAUGGCGCCUUGGUCAUAGGCACGGUGAUGCGGGUGGUCGGGGUUGGUCGCGUUAGUUGGAAUGCGGCGGCGGCGGCGGCAGUAAAAGUAAGUUGACUGCAGCAUAAUUUGCGGUGGCAGCGCAACUGUGGAGCGUGCUUCCGCCAUGCAUGCCACACUACCGGACGACAACAAGUGCUAUGGGCCGCAAGGCAUGCAGGUGGGGGCGGCCCAUAGCAAUAGGAGCUGGGAUGCAAGAGGACGGGUGCAAGCAGUGUUGCAAGCAAGCUGACGUGUGCUGCUGGCAUGCAUGUAUAUCCAUUUGUUCGUACGGCAGGCACGGGGUGCAGCGAUGGGCGGCAGGAAAACCGGGAUGCAAGGUCGCAGUGCGGCUGUGGAUAUGAGUAUUCACUAGCAAACACUUCGCUAUGAGUGGGUCGUUAACUUCCGCCAUGCCACAUACAUCGUGUGUCGACGGCGAGUACUAUGGGGCGCAACCGCGCAUGGUGGGGGCGGCCCAAAGCUUGGGCUAGGGCUGGGGAAGAGAAGCGUACUAGCACGCAGCACGUGUACAGCACGUAGUGCGCGUACACCGUAGUACGUACGGUGCGACCCUGCAAAGCCGGGAUGACUUGGCACGGGUGAAAGCGGGCUUACUUGUGUGGCUGGCGGCAAGGGGUAACCAUCCUUGUGACUUGUGCCCUAUCCUGUGAUGUGCGGCAGGAAUACCACAAUGUACGGUAUUGCCGUAGAAGU